UACCUCUCUCCACCACUCGCACACACGCACACACGCGCUGCAGCUGCCCAGCCUGCAUGCGUCCCUCCUCGCGCAAGCGGGUGGCCGCCUGGCUGCUCGCGCUGCCGGCGGGGACAGGUGGAGAGGAAUGCGCGCGCCGCGGCCGCCUGGAGAUGAUCUCGUUCUGGCUGCUGUGCUGGAAGCUGUUGAGAGCCACAGCUGGUUUAAGGAGGACAACAGCUGAGCUAACUGAGGGUAACCACGACAACAGUAGCUCUGACAACAGUCACCCUGCGGACAGUUCUUCCACUCCCACACAGCCAACCGAUCCAGUUACCAUGGAGAUCAGUUCAUCACCACCACUAACAGACCUGCAAAGAGACAACCUAUUUAACUGCCACAGCCCGGAAGUGGAGGAACUCCAUUACCCAGAGUUCCAUGGGUUGGAAGAAGCUGCAGAGAGGGGAAAUGGAAAAAGUGAUGGAGAUGAGUGCGACUAUCUUGUUUUUGAGAUAGGAAAAGACAGAGGAGGUCUAAGUGAAGAAGGACAAGACACUGAGAGAGGGGCAGAGGAGGAAGAAGAUGGAGGAAGAGGAGAAACAGAAGGAGAGGAUGAAGGGAGAGGAGAGAUUGAGGGAGAAGAAGGGAGAGGAGAAAUAGAAGGGGAAGUUGAAGAGAGAAGAGAAAUAAAGGUAGAAGAUGAUGAUAGAGGACAAAUAGAGGGAGAAGAUAGAAGUGAAGAAGAAACAGAGAACAAAGAUUGGGGGAGGAGAGAAAUAGAGGGAGAAGAUGAAGGGCGGGAAAAAAUCGAGGGUGAAGACGGAGAAAGUGGAGAAACAGAGGGAGGGAUGAAAGAAGAUGCUCUGUCAGAGUUUCUCUUCAUCUCUGGCAGUCCACUGCAUCCCUUAUCAUCUGAGCCCCUGACUGUCAACUUGGAGCAGCCGGCGGCCAUGUCGCAGGAGGCCUGGGGUCACGACCUUGGCAACAGAGAUGACCUCAGCGAAGGUCACCUUAGCGACUGCCUCCAGGCCGAGCUGGCUGUUGUGUACUCUGACAGCGACGCCGGAGACGACCAGUGGGCUGCUUUCACAGCCACUGAGGUCACCAACCAGGAGCAAACGUGUGACGGAGGGAGGAAGGAAGACGAGAAAGUAGAGGAAGAUGAGCAGAGGCAAGAGGAAGAAAGGGAGGCGGAGGCAGAGAGUGGAAGAGAGGAGCAGAGAGAGGAGGGAACAGAGGGGAGGAGGGGAGGCCAUAAUGAUGAUGAGGAUGAUGAAGAACUGAUGAGGAGGAGAGAUCUGUUCCUGCGCUCUCCUUCUGCCAGCUCCACAGCCAGCUCCACAGACCCUGACAGGAGGGUUCCUGCAGAUUUCUGUGUGUACCAGAAGAUGCGCAGUGACAAUGUCUCCAGUGAGCAUGUGGACUUUCUGUUGGCCCGACAGCAGUGGAAGAAGAUGGAGGAGGAGGUCAAAGGUCGGCCCAUCCCCAAACCAGGGCUCAGAGCUCAGGGGAGCUUCCAGGGCACUCACACUUCACUGUACCCCCCGACUCGCAGCCCUCGACUCAAACACAGGGAGAUAAAUCCACCAGUUCCCAGGGAGCCCCCACUCUCCUCCACCCUGUCCCCCAGUUCAGAGGACUCAGGCCUGGAUGACUCGUCAUACCGCAGCCCCCUGGAGGAGCAAGAGAGCGCUGUGGAGAGAGAGAUCCGACUGACUCUGGAGAGAGAAGAAAGGCACCGUAGAGAGAGGGGGAUGAUUGCACAGGGUCUGAUUAUACCCAGACCAUCCACCCUGCAGACAGGACGAUCUCCACCACGACCUCCUGCCUGCCGCACCCCUACUCUGUCCAUCUCCCCUUCCCCUCCCUGCUCCUCCUCCCUUCCCCGAUCUCUCUACCAUGAAAUGACAGCUAAUAAUGUCAUCAUUCUGGAGCCCGACUCCUCCAGCUCUGCCUCCAGAAACCGCCUAAUUUCCUCCACAAUCGGGGGUCUUUCCGAUUGGCCGACAAGCCUGGAUGUGGUGCCCUCCACCAACGUCAUUGUUGUGGAAACCUCCAACUUAAUCAUUCGCAGCGCUUCUGAGUUUUGCCUGAGCUCCGCUUCCCCAGUGACGAUGGAAACUCAGGAGAGCACUUUCUCUUCCAAUCCGUUUUUUAAGCUGCGCUCCCUCAGCAGCCAGUCACUGGUGGAACAGGAGAUCAAGAUGGUGAGGCAGAGGGAGGAGGAGUGGAGGAGGCAGAGGGAGGAGAUGUGGAAGAGGAGAAGAGAGGAGGAGUGGAGGAGAGGGAGGGAGAGGUACGAUACGGUGCUGGUGUCUCCAGGCCUGAAUGAUAACAUCAGUUUCAAUGUGCCAGAGGUUCCAGACAGAUGUGUUUCCUCCCCCUCAUCCCCGUCCAGAACACGCAAAAUGGAACGAGCCAGUUUGUCUUGUGACCACAAGUGGUUUAGCUGAAUCUCCCCCUCCCUCCAGUUCCCUGCUUCCCUCUCUUCAGUGCCUCAACGACAGAACGCCAUGGCGCAGCGAUGGGAGGCCUCCCUCUUAGCCAAUCAGAAGAAGGAUUGAGCAACAACAGCACUCAACUGUCAGCCAUUUAAAAGCCAAAAGGAAGUCCCGCAGUUGUUUUAUUCCUUAGUUUGUUCAUAAAACAACACACAUCCCUGUCUGUCAGUAGCCACUGUCGUCUGCAGUGCUUUCAGAACUAUGGGUGAGAGCCAGUGGGUUAGUCGGUUUGUUUGUUGGAGAACAUGUUUGAAGAGAAGAUGGUUUCACAGAUAAAGACUUUUUAACUAGUCUGUAUUUUCAUUAUGUUUUAGUGGCUGGAAUUAGACAAGUCCUGCUGUCAAAGUCAAAUUGAUUUUUUACUGACUGAAACAAUAUGACAAUAGUAAUAAUAAUGAACAGCCUGUCAUGUCACCGUUUGAACUUUUUCUUUAUUUAUAAUAGCUUUUGUGGACUUCUAUGGCACAUUCUUAGGAGGUGUUUCACAUUAAUGAGUAAUUAUAAAAUUGCAAUUAAAAUACUAUUACAGUUUUUGACACACAGGUCCAUAUCUUAUGGAAACUUUGGAAACAUGUCAAAAGCUGCUGUAUUCUCCUUUAAUAUUUAAUAUUUACUGCACUUUGAUUUCUAGAUGUUAACAUAUUGUACUCCUACUAUUUAUUGCUAUUGAUUGAUUUUUAUUACUAUGACUGACUGUAAUGCAGUGAUUUUCAAACCCGUUCUGGGCAGUCACAUGUCAAUUUCAGAUUUUAAUUUAGACGCCUCUAUAUAUUUUAAAAUUACUACUUUGAAAGCACACCUUUAUUUUAAAAUACUGUGGCUAUGCAUUGCAGAGAUUUGAGAGGGUACGUGCUAAAAUGGUUUAGCAUGUUCUUUUCGUGAUACAUGUAUUUUAAAGGUGCCUAUCCAGACUUUGAAAAUCACUGCCUUAGUAAUAAUGAGCCAUUAAUCAAAAGACUGCGGAUGGUCCUGGUUUCCCUCUCAGCUGCUGUUAACAGAAUAUCAUCUGGGUCAUAUUGCACAUACUAGAAUAUUGUAACCCAGAUAGAGUUCAGUUUUGUGGGCUUUUAUCAACAAAGUAGCAAGAAUAAAUACAUGUAUACUUAUUUGAAAAGUACUUUAAUCUCAAAGCUGCAUGCAAUGCAUUGUUCCUUUGCUUUUUCCUCAGAACAUAAAGCAUACAGCGAGGUCAUGGCCUUUUUUGACCAAAUCUGAUGAUGCUCAACACAAAACAUACAAAGGCACAUUGAAAACACAUUGAAACAGCAGAACUUUUAUCAGCUAACACUAAUGUUGAUUUACUGUGUUUGCUACACUCCAUCAUGCAAGUGGAAGUAGUCAGCAGCCAUUAGCUUCUGAAGAAAUAUGUGGCCACAACUGCUAACAAGAAGAUUUUAGAAAUGAAACAAGAGGCUGCAAGAGAAAAAAGGACACAGGAGACUGUGUUCAGAUCAUAGACUGUAUGUAAAGAUGGAUGAAGUGUCUCUACCACUAUUCAGAAAUGAAGCCAAAAUAUCUUGGAUAUGAAUGUUGCCAUUUUGUGCCAAAGAUUUUAUUUGGAGCUCGAGUCUGCGCAGUAGCCAUCAGAUCUUACCAGAAACCAAACGUACCAGAAAGAAUUAGCACUAAAACACAUCAGUGUGAUGAGAACUACCUUAAAUGACAAAACACAAAAAAGUAUUCAAAUCUGCCUACUUCAACUCUUUAAUUGUAUCCAUGUCUCAUCCACUAACAUAGAGUAAGCAGGAUUUAUGACCUAUACUGCAGCCAGCCACCAGGGGGAGAUCAAGAUGAUUUGGCUUCACUUUUGGGAAGCUGUCGUUUCGUCCAUCUUUAUCUACAGUUUAUGGUUUUCCUUAUAGACUCAGUCUAUGUGUGGCUCUGCUGUGAUAGGGAAGAAAAGCUUAGCACUUCUGAAUGAGUCUGAUAUUAUAACCCUUAUGUCUAGUGAAGAUUUUUACAUAUUUUUAUGUCCUGUCUUGAUUCCUAAAGAGAUUUAUUGUAUUGUAUUUUUGCUGCAUAUAUUUAUGAAUUGAACAGUGCUUAUAAAUCCUUGAAGCUUUUAUUUGUAAAAAGUUUAUAAUAUAUUGUGUCAGAGUGACUUAAAGAAAUAGGAAGUCUGCCGUGUUUUUUAGGAGAUGACGUUAAUGCGUGGUGUGUGCACGUGUAUACGAGUGUAUGCUAAUCCAUCCUCCACACAUUCAGGGCGUUCUUUAGUUUGGCCUCUUGCUCCAGAAUGAGCUCACUCACUGGAGGACCCUGUAAAAACAAGUUGGCCUCGGCUAUGGGAUAAAGAUGCAUUCAGGACAGCUCAGAAAUUGGAUAAUUGUAACUGCCAGGCUGAAAUAAUACCAGGAAACCAGAUCCUUUCUCAGAGCUGAGAUGAAUCAGAUUCUGAGAUGUGUUGGAUGCACAAUGAUACGAGCAGGGCAAGUUAAAAGUUCAACAUGUCAUUGUGUUACUUUGUUCGAUUUACUCUAUGAUAGCUCAUACUACACACGUCUGCACGCUCAGUGUUUGCCCUGUAGUUUCAUUAGAGUCGGGAUCUUGUGUUCACCUCCAUACCUGGUUUGAAUUCAGUUGUAGCUUUAGUGCACUUCACGCCAUCAGCGAUUUAACUACUUUAUUAUUAUUAUUAUUAUGGAGCAGUAGAUUUAGUUCUGAGGAGAAAGUGUAUUUAGUCAUAAUAUUCUUUAACGUUUUCUCUUGUCGGGUGUGGUAGUGUUCAUGCCUCUUCUCAAUGAUUACAGGGUGACACACACACAUCACUUGCAAUGAUACUCUGCAUGGACUCAUAUAAACAGUUGUCAUGAUUAUUACACCAUUCCCUCACUAGUGUCAUUUAAUCUACUUCUCUUCAUUUCUUCAUUUAUUUGCCUUGAGUUUCCAGUCAUGUAUUACUGACAAAUUAAAAGUGUGGUGAUGACAUAUUCAAUAAAGCCUGUGACUC